UAUCUAGUGAAAAUUUUCGUUCGUGUGUAUUUCAUUUUUAUUUUGUGUUAAGUUAUUGCCUUCCCAACAUGGCGGCGGCUAAGCAAGAGAUGUAUUACAGCCUGCUUGAGUGGUUCAAAACACUGAACCUAAAUUCUCCUCAUAGCAAUGCGGAUGAGCUGUCAGAUGGCGUAGCCAUAGCACAAGCUCUAAAUCAAUUUGCGCCCGAAUCCUUCACAGAUUCGUGGUUAUCCAAAAUCAAGGCCAGCGCAGUGGGCAGCAACUGGCGCUUGCGUAUGAGUAAUUUAAAGAAAGUUGUUGAGGGAGUUGUAGAGUUCUGCAAUGAAUAUUAUUCCUUGCAAGACUUUGCACGACCAGAUGCGCAGCGCAUUGCAGAGAAAUGUGAUGUAAAUGAGUUAGAACGAUUGCUACAACUCGUCUUGGGGUGUGCAGUCAACUGCUCUAAGAAGCAGGACUAUAUACAGGACAUAAUGUGCUUGGGCGAAGAACUGCAGAAUAAUAUAAUGAGGGCACUACAGGAGCUGGAAUCAACGCGCCAAGGCAUUGCCGCAUCCAUGUCUCGCAAUUCUCUCAGCAUGGCUAAUUUCGAUGCAAAGGCAUUGCAAGAAGAGCGCGAUACAUUAGCUCAGAAAUGUUUUGAAACCGAAAAGAAAAUGCUGUUGUUGGUCGAUGAGAAAUCCAAUUUACAACAGGAACUGCAAAAGGUGCAGCAGGAGCUGGUGCGCAUGGAGUUGAACACCUCAGCAAUUGGCGAUGACGGCGUCUCUUUAGGUCCUGUCCAAGCGGGCUCUGUGCGCUAUAAUGAGCUGCGGCGCCAAUUGGAGCUGCUAAAGGAGGAACUGUUGCAGUCUGAAGGUGCGCGUGAGGACCUAAAGCUAAAAGCACAGCAGCAAGAGUUGGAGUUGCUUCACAUGCAACAACGCAUCGAUGAACUGACGAAAAGCACUGCUGAGUUAACGACCCUAAAGGAUGAGGUAGAUGUGCUGCGCGAGUCAAAUGAAAAGUUAAAAGUCUGUGAAGCGCAGCUGGACAUUUACAAAAAGAAACUAGAGGACUAUAACGAUUUAAAGAAACAUUGCAAAAUGCUUGAAGAUCGCAGUGCCGAUUACAUUCAGCAGAAUACACAAUUUGAGGAGGAUGCGAAACGCUAUGCUAGCACAAAAGGACAAAUUGAGCUUUUUAAAAAGGAAAUACAAGAUUUGCAUACCAAACUCGACGAAACUUUUGAAACAAAUGUUAAAUUGGAGUUCGAUAACAAGAAUCUUGCUAGCAAUCUCAAUGCUCUACAACGUGCCAAGGAUAUACUGCUUAAGGAACGCGAUAGUCUUCGCGAGGCUGUGGAUGAAUUAAAAUGUGGACAGCUAUCAUCCAAUUCCGGCAGUCUAACGGGAACAACAAUGUCAAAGGAACUUCAGCCGACCGCAAUGGUGGAUAAGAUCCAACGUCUUGAGGCAGAGAAUAAGGCGCUACGUGAGGGUCAAGGUGGACAAACAGCUCUAGCGCAACUGUUGGACGAUGCCAACAAACGUUGCGAGCAUCUGCGCGAGCAGCUGAAAACAGCGAAUGAACGUAUUCUGUCGCUAUCCCAUGCUUCGCAAAGUGAUGAUCCAGUAUUAAAGGAAAACGAGUUUGGCAAACAAAUCAAGCAGUUAAUGGAGCUCAAUGACCAAAAAUCAAACCAACUCGAGGAAGCUGUCACCCAAAAUGCGACAUUGCAAGGUAAAGUUACGCAAUUGGAAACCAAUUUGGCAACACGUGAACAGGAGCUUAUGGCAUAUGAUGUGAAGUAUCGCAAAUGUGUAGAAAAGGCAAAGGAGGUCAUAAAGAGCUUAGAUCCGCGUAUAUCAAAUGUGCUCGAGGCGAGUGUUUUGGAAAAAGGCAUUGAUGCCACCGAGGAGGAACCAAAGCCAAAAAUGAGCGUCAUGGAAGAACAAUUAAUGACUACGGCAUUCUACAGGCUAGGAGUCAAUGCACAACGCGACGCAAUUGAUGCCAAAUUGGCUAUAUUAAUGGGAUCGGGGCAAACAUUUUUAGCACGUCAGCGGCAAUCGGCACCGCGAAAAUCAUUGACUACAAUGAAAUCAAAGUAAAUAGUUGCAUAGGUUUCUUUACAUGUUUGUAUAUGUAAUUUUAUAUAGCACAAGUAUUUAUAUUUUACAUUUAAAUUAAGAUUAGUUAUUUCGACUAUUAAAGGCAAUACAUACAGUUCAAAAAACAUUGAACUGAAUUAUAACCAAA